UAAUUGUGCUCAUGGACGACCACACCAUGGGCGACGAGCGUUGGCCUACGCGCGAGAAUAUUGUGCGCGCGAUGCGCGACCUCGUGGCUGGCGCACAGCCCGGCGAUCAUUACGUCUUUCAUUUCUCUGGCCAUGGUGGCCAAGUAAAGAACGAAGACGGGACGGAGAAGAGCGGCUUUGACGAUGUCAUCUGGCCGGUGGAUAUUGAGCUUCGAGACGACGAUGACUUUGAAAACUACAUCAAGGAUGAUGAGAUCCACGACAUCCUGGUCGAGCAUGUACCCCCAGGUGCUCACUUCAUGAUGGUCUUCGACUGCUGCCACUCCGGAACGAUGGCAGAUCUACCCAACGAUAGUGAGGACACCCGUCCACCGUCACCAAGCUCUGCAUCCUCGGGCACGAUGUUUCCCCCCUCUGCUGUCAAGAACAUCCGUGUCCGAGGCACGCACGAUGUUUCCGGCACAGAUGGUACGGAGAGGAAGGUGAAGCAGGCCAAGUUCUCGGCGCCUCUUCCUCCGCAAGAGACAGUCAUCGACGACGAGCAGCCUACAUCCGCCGAUGUGACGUCUUGGGGUGCAUGCUUGGACGACCAGAUAACUUUGGGCGGAAGGAGCGGCGGCAUCUUCAUCAAGGCCUUCGCUAAUGCGCUCCGGAAAAAUCCUAUGGAAACUUAUGAGCAACUACUCCGCACCGUCACGCGCGAGCUCGCUAAAAUCACCGCUUCCGUGAAUUUUCAUAAUCAUGAAGACUAUGACCCACCGACCCCAGAGCUGGAAAGCUCUAUGCCGAUGGAUCAAGUGUAUGACAGGCCGAUUGACAUAUGAGGCGGGCUCAGCUUUCCAAGAGUUAUGGCGCAUUCUCGACAACCACAUUAUUAUCGUUGAAAAGGCCGACCCUUGUUCAAAGUCGUAUGAUAGAGAUCGGUACUAAUGGUGCUCACGUUGGAAGGCUUGCAUAUCUGUGUGCCCGGA